GCCACCUCCUCCUGGUCCCCGGAGCCGGCGUCGCGGCGCAGCGAGGUUCCAGGCGGCCAGGUCGGCGCGAUCCUCGCCCGAACGGAGACAUGAAGAUCGAAUUCGCGCCGCUCAACAUCCCGCUGGCGCGGCGGCUGCAGACGGCGGCGGUGCUGCAGUGGGUGCUCAGCUUCCUGCUGCUCGCACAGGUGUGCACUGGAAUCUUCGUGAUACUGAUCAUACGUAACUAUUGGUUCCUCUACAUUCCUUAUUUGACGUGGUUGUACUUUGACCGGCGUACCCCAGAGCAAGGAGGCAGGAGAUCCAACUGGGUCAGAAACUGGGCCGUUUGGAGGUACUUUAAGGACUAUUUUCCGAUUCACGUCCUCAAAACUUGGGAUUUGGAUCCAAGUCACAACUACAUAUUCGGAUUUCACCCCCAUGGAGUGCUUGUUGCUGGAGCCUUUGGAAACUUUUGUACCAAUUAUUCAGACUUCAAGGAGCUGUUUCCCGGCUGUACUGCAUAUGUUCACUUGCUCUCGUUUUGGUUCUGGUGUCCUCUCUUCCGAGAAUAUGUGCUGAGCUUCGGGGCAGUCUCAGUUUCUAAGAGAAGUGUGUCCCACGUGCUGAGCAAGGAGGGAGGUGGGAACAUUUCAGUGAUUAUCCUUGGGGGCGCCAAAGAAUCGCUGGAUGCUCAUCCUGGAAAAUUCACUCUGUUCAUCCGCCAGCGGAAAGGAUUUGUUAAGCUGGCUUUGACCCAUGGUGCCUCUUUAGUCCCUGUGUUUUCUUUUGGUGAAAAUGAACUAUUUAAGCAAGUUAGCAACCCUGAAGGCUCAUGGCUUCGAACUGUGCAGGAGAAACUACAGAAGAUCAUGGGGUUUGCUCUACCACUGUUCCACGCCAGAGGGAUUUUUCAGUACAGUUUUGGCAUAGUGCCUUAUAGGAAGCCUAUCCACACUGUUGUUGGCCGCCCAAUUCCUGUUCAGCAGACUCUGCACCCGACUCCAGAGCAGAUUGAGGAGUUGCAUAAGACCUAUAUGGAGGAGCUAAGGAAAUUAUUUGAGGAGCAUAAAGGGAAGUUUGGUGUUCCGGAGCACAAAACUCUCAUUUUUAAAUAACUAUCCUCUUAGAAGGCAUAAAGGAAGAAAAGAAAACAUCCCAGUGAGAGAAUAAAUAUUUUAAAUAAGUUUAUUUUUUUCUUUGACUAUGGAAUCAAAUUUGCAACUGAAGAGAUUUAUUUAUGGUGACAGAUGCUGAUGUUUCUCUGUGGCGAAUAAAGAUACAGUCUGUGGCUGUAGGAUCAGGUAGGAAAUGACUAUAAGCCUUUUAAUAAUUUUCCUCGUUUAGAAAGGUGGAAUCAUUUUACAGGUUAAGAAACGGCUUAGAAUUAUUCAUGUCCUCAAAAAAAUGACAGUUUUGAAGAAUAAUUAGGUCCUUUUAACUAAACAUCACAAUAAUUUAAGGUGGCGGUUUCACUAAGUAUGACAGAUGUUGCUUAGCACAACUGGGACAUUUAGGAGACAGUGUGUAAAAUAAUUUGCCAUACAGAGCUUGAAGAGAUCAUUUCUUUUCUUUUCUGCUUGAACAGACCAUUUGUUAAUAAAUCAUGUUACUUUUAA